AUGGACAGCUCUUCAGAUGCUCAGGGGCGUCACAGGUGCGCGGCGUGCUUCCGGCAGUUCAACAGGAUGGAGCACCUGGUGGAGCACAUGAGGUCGGCGCGGCACUCGGCGCACGACCCACGCUGCGCCGUCUGCGGCAAGCACUGCCGCUCCUUCGAGGCGCUCAGGGACCACCUCGGCGUCGGCGGCUCGUCGCUGCCCAAGGCCGCACACUGCGCUGCGGCCUUCUCCGCGCGAGGAUGCACGCUCUGCCUCGGCGUCUUCUCCACCGCCGCCGCGCUCAGAGCUCACCGCGCCGAGUGCCAGCUCUCCCGCACUCCUUCAGUGUCCAGACUGAGCCUGGAGCACCAGCAGCCGCAGCCGCAAGGAGGAGGACGAGCGCUCGCACUGGGCUGCAAGAUGGUCGGCGCCGGAAGCGACGGCACUCUAGACGUGUGCGCACGGGUGUGCGUUAUCGACGAGCAGGAGCGCGUCCUGUUCGACACCUUCGUGAAGCCGCUGAUCCCGGUGACGCACUACCGGUACGAGACGACGGGGAUCCGGCCGGAGCACCUCCGCGACGGCAUGACGGUGAAGCAGGCGCAGCGGCGUGUGCAGGAUCUGCUGCUCAACGGCGAGCAGCCCUGGAAGGUGCGGACCAGCCGUGGCAGAGCCAGGGUGCUGGUCGGCCACGGCCUGGACCACGACCUCGACGCGCUUGGCAUGGACUACCCGGCGUACCUCAAGCGGGACACGGCCACGUACCCGCAGCUGAUGAAAACGAGCAAGCUCAGCAACUCGCUCAGGUUCCUCACGCAGACGAACCUCGGCUACGACAUCCAAACGGGGCACCAACACCCCUACGAGGACUGCGUCGCCGCCAUGCGUCUGUACCGCAGGAUGAGCACGCUGCCGCACCCCAAGGGCGAAGGCGACUCUGCCGACGCGGCGAGGGCGGAACAGGCGUUCCCUGCGUGGAGGCAGCGCGAGCUGGAGCGCAUGACGCCGGAGGAGCUCCUCCGGCUCUCCACGCCGGACUACUACUGCUGGUGCCUCGACGACUAGCUAACGGGCCGCGCGCCUAGCUCCGGGAGAGAGCCAGAGCGCAUCAGGUGACUCACGUCGCGUCGCGUGACAACAUGAAUAGAUUCUGCACCAUUCAGCCAUGCGCGUCAGCAACAGCUCAAAAAAUUAUCUAGUAGCUACUCCAAAAGUAUGACCCAUCCGUAUGAGCGAGGGAGAGAGAUGGGAUUUGGAUCCGUUCGAUGCAGCAUGCAUACGCGUGUAAGAGCAUGAUGCAUCAUUGCAUCCAUGAGCGUAUAUUUGCGCGGCCACACCAGCACGCUUUGGUACGAGUGUUACUAUUACGGAAAAGCUAUAAUUUAAUCGAGUGUUUUG